UUGGCAUUGCAAAGCCCAAACUCAGGCCACGGACUCCUACGAACUUACCCAACCAAUAUCUUUUGAUCGAAAUCGGAGAACGUACUCCACGAGAACGGGGAUCCCGUAGUUCACGGCGAAGGAAAACGAUGACUUCUACAGAGUCAUCCAGUUCUGCUCGAAAAGUGGUUGUCCUGUUGAGAGCUACUGGGGAUGCUCCCAUUCUCAAACAAACUAAGUUUAAGAUGCCCGGAACAGACAAAUUUAUUAAAGUGAUUGAUUAUAUACGCCGGUCCAUUCAACGGGACACCUUGUUUGUGUUUGUCAACAGUGCAUUCUCACCGGGUCCAGAUGAGACAGUUAUUGAUCUAUAUAAUAACUUUGGAAUUGAUGGGAAGUUGGUGGUAAAUUAUGCCUGCUCCAUGGCUUGGGGCUAAUUUGCAGCAUGGUAAUGCUUAAUGCUGAGGCUGUAAAUAGUAUCUUAAACAGUUCACUCUCAGUACUGUGAUUUUAUACUCAUCCAUUACGAACUAUAGUGGCAGUAAUCCUUUGUAUUAUAGACUGCUUUCCCCGACGAAAAAUAAAUCAGUCAAGUUCUAGAGUCAUACUUGUCAAGGUCCAGAGUUUGUAAAUUAAUUGUUUAUUUGAUCGACCUCUUUAAUUAAUUGUUUUAACGCUGAAUAUGUAAACACAAGGAUAUAUUGUUCCAAGAUAUGGAAGCUCAAAUUCUUGAUUAUCCUA